UUUCUCUCUCUACUUUGAACAGCUGCAAGAAAAAGACAACCUGAGGACAUGAUAUUUAAUCGUUUUUGAUACUAGCGAUCACGUCAGUGCACCUCUUAAUCGUUCAUAUUAAGAAAGCACAUGGAUGCAAUUACAACAUUGUAGCCUACUUGAAGAUUUUCCUGAUUCUCAUAAUGAAUUAUUCCCAUUUUCUCGGAAGCUGUCCCCUGAGAAGGAAAAUUCAUUGGCCGAUUUCAGAUGAAUCUUUGUAUAAAAGGUGUAGGUUCGGCUAAACGAAAUCACAGUCUCCUGAGACAUUCAACUGAUACAUUCUGAAUCAAACAGCUCUCAACACUCAUCACUUAUUCGAGAUGGCCAGUUUCAAGAUGACUUGCUUAGCUCUCCUUAUCGCAUCUGCUCUGAUCAUGAGCGUCUCUGCGCAUCACCCUCCCGGUUCACCCUGCUGGGACAAUGUGGAUGUGGGUGUGGCCUGUCCGGCGGGCAGCCAAGGUCAAAGUGGCACCCGCUACUUCCACAACCACGAUGACGACAAAUGUGAACCAUUCGCCUACAAGGGAUGCGGCGGCAACAAGAACAACUACAAGACCCACGAUGAGUGCCACAAGGAAUGCGCGCACGAGCACUCCACUCACGCGCAUGCGCAUAAGCAUUGAGACUGUCAGCUGAAUCUCUGAGAUAAAUCUACUCUCUAUCUCUAUAAUGGACAGCCAUGUAUCUAGUCUGCUCAAACAUUUUUGUUGAUACAAUUGUUAAUAAAAAACAAAUCACAAAAUAACUG